GUUUAUAUAUUUUUUAUCACAUAUUUUAGUAUUAUGUUUUUUUCUUGCAAUUAUACCCAAUUUGUCUUUAACCACCAAUCAAUUUAACCACUCUUAUUUUUACCAAUAAGUUAUGUUUUUAUAUCUGAACUUUAUCUUUAUGCUCGAUAACAUCAAAUAACAUCAAAGCAUUUGCAUGUACUGAAUCAAAAUAGUUCUUAGUUUUAAAUACAGUGUAUAUGUUCUUGAAUAAUAUUCAUGAAACGCUAUUCUUGCAAGAUUUCAUUAUGGUUUGAAUAAUAUAUGUCUACUUAUCGAGAAUACAUUUAAAAAAAAUUUGCAUUUUGCACAUCGUAUUUAGUAAAAAUGAAGCGAAUAUUAAAAACUAGAAAAUUAUUUUUUGUUACAUUCUUAGCAGCAGUAGCUAUAUUUUUUCUCUUGACAGCUUUCCAUCGCGAUGACAGAAAUUUUUCUCAGCAAGAUAAUAACUUCACAAAGAAGAUAUACCCUGGUCCAACACACACAAGUUCUAAUAAUCCAAAAAUUAUACUGAUUUACACAUUAGAAGGUAAGCCUUGGAUAAAAUCAUCAGAAAGGGAAAUAUACAAGUAUUUGAAAAACUGUCAUGUUCAAAAUUGUGUGGGAACAUAUGACAAAUCACGUUUGAACAUUGCUGACGCAGUUGUUUUUAGUGGAUCGCUUCCUUUAGCGGCUAUCCAAGCAAAACAGAAACCACUAUAUCAGAGAUGGGUGUUUUAUGAAACAGAAGCUCCUAAGAAGCGUCAUCAUAAUAAUCCUAUAUUAGCAAAUCUUACUAUUACAUUCUCAAAGGAUAGUGACAUUGUUAUUCCGUAUGGAACUUAUAGAAAGCGUAAGAAACAUCUUGAUCUUAAAAAGAAUUUUGCAGCAAACAAAAAAAGAUUUUCUCUCUGGCUCGUGACAAACUGUCUUCCACAGCUAAGAAAAUCAAUUGUGUAUCGAUUUUCUAAAUACAUGAGUCUCGAUAUCGGAGGAAAUUGUAUCAAUUAUUGGAAAAAUAUUAUGGCGAAUAAAGUGUAUUGCCCAAAUAAGACUUGUAUUGAUGGUUACAAGUUUUACCUAGCCUUUGAGAACAUAUUCUGCAAAGAUUACAUAUCUGAAAAAUACUGGGUGAAUUCUAUCUCACAUGGUGCUAUUCCAGUAGUUCUUGGAGGUGGGGAUUAUUCAAAUCCAAACCUAGCUAUACCUGGUUCUUACAUUCGAGUACAAGAUUUUAAAGGCAUACAAAAACUAACUGAAUACUUAAAAGUAUUGGAUUCCAACGAUACCUUGUACAACAGAUAUUUUAAAUGGAAACAACGCUAUGAGUACGUUCCAACCAGUGAAGAGGGGUGGCCUCACACUAGUAAAUGGAUCUGCCAAUUGUGCAAAAUAAUUAACAACAAUACCUUCCCAAAUCAGGUUGUUAAUAUUAAUAAGUUUUGGAAUAUGGAAACCAGGUGUAAGUCACGUGAUGAAUAUACAAAAUUUUUAUUAUUCAAAGAACAUUUUCCAAUAAAAUCACAAAAAUAGACAUUAUCUCUUUAAUUCUGAUUUAGUGAUGGUAUCAAAAAAUUUUCUGUACGGUUUAUUUCCCUUAAAUUUAUUGUUGGCCAAAAUAUACUACCCCUUCUCGCAACAUUUCAACGCUUUACCUAAUUUUUAUAAAACUCUAAAUUUACAUAGAAAAAAAUUCCUCACUGAUUUUAAUGACCAGAUUUCAUUAAACUUUCUUAUUAAAAAUAAUGAAUGUAAUAAAUUAUAGCUACUGACUUUGUUUUAACCGUUUGCGCGUAGUAAACUAAUCAAGAAGCCCUAUUUUUAUGAAUAACCAAUCCACGUUCUUCGCGAUCUCGACAUGUCGAAAGACCAACGAUCAGAGCCAUGGUAACAAAGGUCAUGUUAAAAGGGGUGAGGUUGAGGUCUUGUUUUUUGUCUUUUUCCCUUCUCAAUAUAUAUAUAUAUAUAUAUAUUUACAUGUAAAGAUGAAUAUUAUCAGGUUUCAUAGCGACAUAUAAACCCGAAACAAACUGAAUUUACAUCAUGAAAUAUUCAGAGGAACUACUAACUUAGCUAUAGCUAGAUUGUUUUUAUUUAGGGUGGUAUAAAUGUCUUUUAUUUUUUUUGUUUUGUGUUAUCUUUGACUGCUAGCUACCUUUUAUAUAGGACCUUAUAUGGUAGCUGUAGCAGUUGCUUUUAUACUUAAAUAUAGCGGAGAUAGCUGCACUUUUGAAGGUCAGUACAACAACAGUUUCAAUAAGCUUUCUAGUGCUUCAGUUCGUUUAAAUUAAUUUUAGAAUUUCUUUCCACAGAAACUUAUUUCAUAAGAUAAAAAAAUUGUUGCUACCAUUUUUGCUAUGAAACUAUAUCGACAGGUUGUAGCCUGUAUUUUUAUUUAAACCGGAAAUGGCGCAAAAAGGGCGUAUUUGUAAACUCUCCACCCCAAUGUUUGCGACGCGUUUUGCCAUAUCAAGCGCCCGUCCUAUUGUUGCUAUGGAUUAAUUUUUGGAGCAAAAUUUAUUCUGCGAAAUAGAGAAUGACGGGUAUCUAAUUCUUCUUAUGACAUAGUAUCCUGUGUUUUUAUUUAAACUUCGCUGUGAGAAAUUUAUUUUCUUAAUAAUUCCAUAGAUGUACUGUGUAAACCCAGUUUACUGAGCUAAUGCAGGCAUAAUCAUGUUAACUAAAAAAUAGGGAAAAAAACUGUGUUUAAAAAAUAAAAUUGUUUAAUUUAAAUUAAUGAAAAUUAAUCUUUUUCCGUUCCGGAAAGUGCCUACAAAUUCUUUAACUAGACAAUGCGCGUAGUUCAGGACAAUAAAGCCUAGUUUCCGCUGAAUUGUCGCCUUCUUUCACCGCUGCAAUUAGGACUUGGCUCUUAGUAGAAAUUAAAAUGUGAUGAAAUUUCGUAGCUCAUUGUCGCUUUUCCUGUUUCCCAAAUCCUUUUAUAUUUUCGUUAAAACAAAAACGGAAAAUGAGAUAGUUUUGAUUAAAUGUAAUCAUAAAAAGGACCUUAAAACGAACUUAAAGACUAUUCUUUGUUCGGCCUCUUCAAACGCAUGUACUGCAGCAUUGAAAACACAUUUGACGACUAACUGU